AUGGAGUCCAAUGACGACUCGCAAGCCACGCAGCAAGCCACCCAGAAUGCCUUGGACCCCAGGCGGAUCGGAAAGCAGAAUUCGGGCUUCUCUGACGAAGAUAUCUCCGAUAUAGUCUGUUUGCUAUACCCCAAUUCCGAGGCUGCCAGUCGCGAAGUCCAUAGGAUCGCCGUGUCCCCCGAGUCCAGUCGUCACACCGUCGGCAGGUACUCGGCCGACGCCAUCAACUCGGACCUCUAUCGCGAGGAUGAUGUGAAGGAGUUCGGCCGCACUCGAGGCAUCGGGGACCAUGCUAUUGUUCUGCGCCUGUCCUCCGCCGUCAAGGAUCCUCGUCUGGGCUUUACUUUUGGCAGGAAUCGAAGCCGAUGUGACAUCUGCUUUGGCAACGACCCGGCCAGGAGGCUUAGCAAUAUUCACUUCCGUAUAUUUGUCAACCGACACGGCAGUGUGCUGCUCGAGGACCAGUCAACCAACGGCACCGUCGUCGACAGCACUCUCCUCCGCAAGAAGCAGGCAAAGAGUCAAACGUCGUCGGGGCCGACCAAGAGGAUACUGGAGAGCGGGGCGUCUAUCAAGAUCAUCAUGCACGAGACUACCGCCGACUUGGUCUUCCUCGCACGCAUACCUCGUCGGGAUGGGGACCACGAGGAAGCCUACCUGCGAAAGCUGGCUGCCUAUCAACUAAGACUCCGUGGCGACGACGAUGAUCUCAAUAAGACCAUCGGUCCUGGUCCAGGCGGCCAUGUCAAUCUUUUCGCGCCAAGGAGGAACGGCAAGCCCCAUGACUCGCCCAUGGAAACCACUCAGGAGCUCCAGGAACCCUUUCAGCGCCUUCCCCGUGAAUGGCGCGGCGGAGAGAAAUAUGCUCGUGUGGGUCAGAUUGGCAAAGGAGCCUUCGCCAUCGUACACAAAGUCACCUCCAAGUAUGACGGCUCUCCAUACGCCGCCAAGGAACUUGACAAGCGCAAGUUUAUGAAAAAUGGUGUCCUGGAUCAGAAGGUCGAGAACGAGAUGAGGAUCAUGCAGAGAAUCCAACAUGCCAACAUUGUCCAAUACAUUGAGCACUUCGACUGGGAUGCCCAUCAGUUCAUAAUCAUCAUGGAGUAUGUCCCCGGAGGUGAUCUUGGCAGGUUCAUCUCGGAAAAUGGGCCCAUUGCCGAAGGGCACGUCAAAAUCAUAUCCGAGCAGUUGAUCGAUGCGCUUGGGUACCUGCAUGACCAGAAGAUCACCCAUCGUGAUGUAAAACCAGACAACAUCCUGAUUCAGUCGACGAAUCCACUCGUUGUGAAAUUAACUGAUUUUGGCUUGUCCAAAAUGAUUGAAACUGAGCAGACCUUCCUCAAAACUUUCUGUGGGACGCUACUAUACUGCGCACCCGAGGUCUAUACAGAAUUUUCAUCCUAUGACGACAACGGCAGACGCACGAACAGGAAUAUCCCAAGAGCCGCAAACAAGGAAAGGUAUGACCACGCGGUGGACAUAUGGUCUCUUGGCGGCGUUCUGUUCUAUACCCUCGCUGGCAGUCCACCGUUCCCCGUCAAGAACGGGGUCACGUACACCGAAUUGCUAGACCACAUCGUCAAAAUACCGGUGAACAUGACGCCAUUGACAGAGAUGAACGUUUCUCAGUCCGGUAUUCACUUCCUGUCACGUAUGAUUCACGUUCGACCAGAGACUAGAGCGACUAUCUCGGAGCUCCAGGCUCACCCCUGGCUUCGCAGUGUCACACAAUCAUUUCAUCAAAUAUCUGACGACGAAUUGGGCCAGAGUGCAUCACAACUAAGCCUCGAUGACCGACAGGCAGCCCAGUCUCUUCUUGCAGGUGCGAGUUCCCUGCAGGAGCCAGAACCAGACUACUCUAUCGAGUACGAGUCGGAGAAGGAGAAUUAUACCUUCGGGCAGCCCCAGCCGAACAGGCUGUUCGGGGAAGUAUCAGCUAUAGGCAGUUCGGAGGUCAUGCCAGAGGGCCGUCUCAAUCUUCCAAUAUCGGGGACUGAUUUUGGUGAGACCGACAUACUCGAGCCUGAUGAGAUUCUUGACAGCUUCGACGAGUCGGAAGAGUUCUCCACCCCGAGGCAAAAGGUGCAACGCGACAAUGGCUUGCUGUCGGACAGGAGGGUAGCAUCAAACGACAAUUCCCGCAGUGCUCUGUUGGGCAUCGGUUCCCAAAGCUUGGGUGGGGCUUCCUCGAUCCUCGAAAACCUGAAUAUGAAGUCUGUGGCGAAUGGCAAUGCUAGGUUGUCGUCCUCGGUGGUGAGCGACUUCAACUCGAGCAAGCGGAAACCAGCCUACGACACGAGUGACGAGUACGAGUCAGCCAGCGCCAACACCAAGCCGUCCAUCAAAAGGCUCAAGUCACAGGAUGAUGUAGACUUUUUAGAUGAAGAAGAAGACGAGUUUAGUUUGUUCGCUUCUGUACCCCCGAUGGCUCAGAACGAGACGGGUCGGCAGAUUGCCUACCCACUUCCAAAGACUACCUUCUGGGACAGCUCGGACAAGGAUACAUGGCAUCUUGACUAUCCUGAAAUGACCAAUCUCCAAUAUCACGCGUUCGAAGUUGCUGCCGAGAGGAGGAACGAAGAAUUCGGCCCGGGGAAGUCACUUCUCUGGGAUUUCGCCAUGAGACACUUCCCCCCAACCCACCAACGCCAAGCCAGUGAGAUGGCACGGCCCCUCGAACUACGGCCGGCUGGACUCAGGCGUGACAACCGAGCACUAAGUGAGACCAGUGACUGGGAGUUGCCCCCUACGGCUCCCCCGCCUGCCGUGGAUGAUGAGUCCGAGUCGUUGCCAGACACUCUGCCCCCCGAGAACCAGCUGCCGCCAGCCCUGCAAGCCGUCCAGUUGCCGAAGACUGUGGUCGGGAAGUUCGAGUCAGCGCCGGGGUCCUUGGUCGCGGGGGUUUCGAUUUUUCUCAAGGAUCCUGUUAUGUCAUGGGGUCGAGAGCCGAGUAAUACCGUGGUGUAUCAGCCAGCUAGGGAGGUCAAGGUCCCCAAGAAUGCGUUCAGACUGGUUCUGUGGAGAGACGGCUAUAAUGCUUCCUUUGGCGAGUUCCGGCCCUGGGAGCCUGCUCGAUCAGCAACCAGCCGUACCAUGCGUGCGUCUCCAGAGCCGGAGUCUUUCGCUUUCUAUAUAUCGACCAAGGCCACCAACGGCCUACGCAUCAACAACAAGCCCUUACAAGCAAACGAACCGAAGGACGGCACGGCGCCUUGCAGAUACUGGAUGAAACUACAUCAUGGUGACACGAUUGCCUUCUGGGGAAACGACGAUGUGCACGCACAAGCGAAGCUCAUUUUUGAAUGCAACUGGGGCGGCUCGUCAACACCGAGACCAGUAGACGAGCCUCCGUCUUAUGUGCCUGAAACGCAAGCACGGAAGUUAGACCGGCUCUGGCCCAAGGCUGUCAAGUCGCUUAGCCAUGAUAGGAUCAAAGUUGAAGCGCAUACUGAUCAGGAGACACGAAUGCGGUUCAUGAUGAAGGAGCAGGAGCGCAGCCGGAUCUUCGAGCAAAAACGUGCAGAGGCGGUUAGAGUCCUUGCCCUGCAUAACACGUACCGAGGAUCGCCGGCCAGCGCUCCGCCUUUGGUAUCCCGGAAUGUGCCUCGGUUCCGGCAGACGUCGCCGGCGGGUUAUGUUGUCGACGUCAGUGAUUGA